AUGAAGGACGGAUUGAAUAGAAGGACGAAACGGCCACGCAGUUCAGCUUCAGAAGUAGAAUCUACAUAUGAAGACGCAAGAGGAUUUGAUGGUUUCUGUUAUGAUUAUAGUGAAAACCUAGAAGAUGAAGUCAAAGAAGAUGAAGCAGAUGCGUCAUCUGAUGAUGAUAACUUUACUGUAUACGGCGAGCCUGAGGAGAAAGAUGAGCAUUUACCGGCUGCUACUCAAAACAGAGGUCAUUACUUUGGCAAAGUGGGAUCGAUUGGGAACUCGGAGUCUUUAACGGUGGAGAUGGCUAAGCUAAACCUCGUCGUAGAACAACGAUACGCGAGCAAAAACGAGUUGGAGAAACGAGUGAAACUUCUUGCGGUGAGAGAUGGAUUUGAUUUUUCAGUACCAAAAUCAAAUACGACUGUAGUGAAUAUUACGUGGUGGGUUGAAGGAUGUCUUUGGAGAGUUCGUGCAUCUCAAGAAGGAGAUGAGCCUGGUUUUGUUGUUCGUAUAUACGAUUCGGUACACACAUGUUCUGUGACGGAGAGAUCUAAUCGAUCCAAACAAGCAACACCUGAUGUUUUGGGACCUCUUUACAGGAACUUUCUUGGUGACAUUGGUCCGUUAGUUAAACCUAAAAGUGUUGGAAUUAUCAUCAGUAAGCAUUUAAGCAUAAAGGGAAGUUUUAGAGAAUUGCCUUCCUACCUAUACACGAUAAGACGUGCAAAUCCGGGUACAAUAACGCGUCUUCAAAUUGAUGAGUGUGACAAAUUCAAGUAUGUCUUCAUUGCUUUUGGUGCGAGUGUUGCUGGGUUUGCUUACAUGCGGAAAGUUGUUGUCGUUGAUGGUACGUUUCUCCACGGUAGUUACAAAGGGACGCUUCUAACAGCCCUAGCUCAGGAUGGAAAUUUCCAAAUUUUCCCAAUAGUUUUCGCAGUUGUUGACACUGAAAAUGAUGAUUCUUGGCGUUGGUUUUUUAGGCAACUCAAAGUUGCUAUUCCAGACGAGAGGAAUCUUGCGAUCAUCUCGGACAGACAUAAGUCAAUAGGGAAAGCAAUUGGUGAAGUGUAUCCGUUGGCUUCUCGUGGAAUUUGCACUUAUCAUUUGUACAAGAACAUAUUGGUGAAGUUCAAAGGGAAACAUUUGUUCCCACUUGUGAAAAAAGCGGCUAGGUAUUUUCGGAUGGCUGAUUUUACAGAGGCAUUUGAUAACCCUAUAUUUUUAUACUUUUAA